AUGGUUUUAUCACCGGGCUACAGCGAUGCAGACUUCGCUACAGACACUAAAGACCGCAAAUCCAUGAUUGGAGGAGUGAUCUUUGUAGGAGGGUGUAACGUCGGAUGGAUAUGCCGAAAACAGGCGUCAGUGUAUCAAUCAACGGCAGAGUCUGAGUUCAUAGCGGCAUCUGUCGUAACAACCGAAUUACGUGGACUUUACAAUAUGUUGGAUGAAGUUGGCAUCCAAGGGAUCCAUACCUGGUUACUCUUUGUUGAUAACCAAGCAGCUAUUGUGCAAUUGAAAGGCGAAAGUUCGACAUCAAAACUCAAGCAUGUCGAUAUACGCUAUAAAUAUGUACAAGAACGCAUCAGAAACGGAAUGUUGGAGGUGAAAUACGUGCAGAGUGAAGAAAUGAAGGCCGAUUUGAUGACAAAGGCUUUGUCGGUGACUAAACUUGGAGAACUCCGCGCGCUUUGUGGUCUCGUGGACGAUGUAUAG